AUGAACCGAAGGAACUUUCCGCUUGCCAUCAACCGACCGAGCUUCAAGAAUCGAGGUCCAGCUUAUACUCCUUACGGCAUCAUAGUUCGAUCUGUGCGACCUGAUGAGACCUCGCAAACAAACGUUCUCCAUUAUCUAGAUGACGGAAAUGUCACCUUCCGAUUCUCAUGGCGCAAGAACGAGUAUUUGAUUCCAGUCAUGAUGAUCAUGAAGGCUCUUGUUGAGACCAGUGACCGAGAGAUCUUCGAGGGUCUUGUUGGCCCUCCCGACUCAAAGGCCAUCAACAAUACUUUCGUCACAGACCGCGUCGAGCUACUUCUGCGAACAUACAAGACAUAUGGGCUUUACACCAAGACCAAAACUCGCGCUUACCUCGGAGAGAAGUUUCGCGUCGUUCUAGGAGUACCAGAAACCAUGUCCAAUUAUGAUGUUGGCACGGAGUUCCUUCGAAGAAUUGUCUUAGUCCACUUGGGCAAUAUAGAAGUCACAGAAGACCAGGAUGCUGACAAGUUCAAAAUGUUGUUGUUCAUGAUCAGAAAGCUCUACUCACUGGUCGCCGGGGACUGCUCGGUGGACAACCCAGAUGCUGUCCAAAAUCAGGAGAUUCUCCUCGGAGGCUUCCUCUAUGGGCAAAUCCUGAAGGAACGCCUGGAUGAAAUGCUGUCUGUUGGAGUUCGAGGCGCUCUUCGCGAAUACUUCAGGAGAUAUCCCUCCAACCUCUUUACCACGGAAACAUUUGCAAAAGAUUUUCCAAAUGCGAUCUUUCGAAGGACGACCGAGAAUCUCGGUCAAGCCCUCGAAUACUUCCUCUCCACCGGAAAUUUGGUCAGUCCAUCAGGUCUUGAUCUCCAACAGACAUCCGGCUUCACGGUAGUGGCGGAGAAACUCAACUUCCUCCGAUUUAUCAGUCACUUCCGAAUGGUGCACAGAGGUAGCUUCUUCGCUCAACUUAAGACGACAACAGUGCGGAAGCUACUACCGGAAUCUUGGGGGUUUCUCUGCCCAGUUCAUACACCCGAUGGUGCCCCUUGCGGUCUCCUGAACCAUCUGGCACACAAGUGCAAGAUAAUGACAGAAAAUGUCGACGCGUCUGUUAUACCACAGCUAGCUACAGAACUUGGCGCGGUAGAGACGUCCUCGUCUGCCACUGAUGAGAGUGUUGUGGUUAUGUUAGAUGGAAAGAUCAUUGGAUGGUGUACACCAAAAGAGUCAAAGAGAAUUGCAGAUACUUUCCGGCAUUGGAAAGUCGAGGGUUCUCAUGGCAUUCCCGUCCAUCUCGAAAUCGGCUACGUGCCCCCUUCCAAUGGCGGAUCGUACCCAGGUGUCUACAUGUCGUCACAGCCCGCCAGAAUGGUUCGACCAGUCAAGUACUUACCUCUUGAGAAAGAGGAUUUUGUCGGGCCGCAUGAGCAGCCUUACAUGUCUAUUGCCUGCACCGAGCCCGAGAUCAUUUCUGGGGAGUCGAGCCACGUUGAAUUUGACCCCACCAAUAUUCUGUCCAUCUUAGCAAAUAUGACACCCUUCUCGGACUUCAAUCAGUCUCCUCGAAAUAUGUACCAAUGUCAGAUGGGUAAACAAACAAUGGGCACUCCCGGAUCGUCUCUUCGCUACAGAACAGACAACAAGUCAUAUCGCCUGCAGACCGGUCAAACUCCGAUAGUCAGGGCGCCGUUGCAUAACGCAUACGGUUUUGAUAACUUCCCUAAUGGUACUAACGCUGUUGUUGCCGUCAUUUCCUACACCGGCUACGACAUGGACGAUGCUAUGAUCAUCAACAAAUCUGCACACGAGAGGGGUUUUGGCCAUGGUACCAUUUACAAGACGAAGAAGAUCAGCUUGAAGGACGACUCGCGGACGCGAUCAUCCAAAAACAUUGAGAAGAUGUUUGGCUUUGCUCCUGGAAGUACCAUCCGAGGAUGGCAGCGCGACAUGCUCGACGAGGAUGGGCUUCCAUAUAUUGGCCGGAAAGUUGAGGAAGGCGAUGUCAUUUGUGCUUGGCAUACCGUCACCUCAGACCGUCUGGGCAAUCUGGUGAACAACGACAACCAGACGCAUUUUGAGAAGUACAAAGACUCAGAGACCGCAUACAUCGAAGAGGUUCGAUUAAUUGGGAGUGAGAGUGGCACCGAGCUGGGCCAGACUAUCUCAAUCAAAUUCCGCAUUCCUCGUUCACCCGUCAUUGGUGACAAGUUCUCCUCGAGGCACGGUCAAAAAGGUGUCGCUUCACAGAAGUGGCCAUCAAUUGAUAUGCCCUUUUCCGAGUCCGGCAUCCAGCCAGAUGUCAUCAUCAACCCUCACGCCUUCCCGUCACGUAUGACAAUCGGCAUGUUCGUUGAGUCUCUGGCCGGCAAAGCUGGUGCCCUUCACGGUCUCGCUCAAGACUCAACGCCAUUCAAGUUUGAUGAGGACAACACGGCCGCCGACUACUUUGGCCAUCAGCUGAUGAAAGCCGGCUACAACUAUCAUGGCAACGAGCCAAUGUACUCUGGAAUCACUGGAGAGGAGUUUGCCUGCGAUAUCUACAUCGGCGUUGUCUAUUACCAGCGGCUGCGACACAUGGUUAACGACAAAUACCAAGUCCGAACCACCGGGCCGGUUGUUCCAACAACCGGCCAGCCAAUCAAAGGUCGAAAACGUGGUGGUGGUAUCCGUGUUGGUGAGAUGGAACGUGAUGCCCUGCUGGCGCACGGAACGGCUUUUCUGCUUCAGGAUCGUCUGCUCAACUGUUCAGAUUACACGCGGACCUGGAUAUGCCGCACUUGCGGAUCGUUCUUGUCAGUCCAGCCCACGGUUUCUCCUUUCAUAGGUAAGAGGAAGGCCGUGAACACCGUUCGUUGCAGGAAUUGCGCGACGAGGCUGGAUACCAUUGAGGACCUGGACCUCACCAAGCUGGAUGGAGAGAUAUGGACAGAUGGCCAGGGUCAUGAGUGGAUAGGGGGUGAGGACACCACGGUGGUGGUGGUCCCAGGAGCGCUCAAGUUCCUGGAUGUGGAACUGGCGGCGAUGGGAGUGAAGCUGAAGUACCGGGUCGAUCCCAAGGAUGCCCCGAGGAAAGGUCCGCUGAGACCAGCACCAUUGGAUGGAGUUUUGUUAGGAAAAGCAAUGCAAGCGGACCCGCCGUUUCGGAACGCUCUUGCGGUCGCUUGA